UGAACAGGAGGAGCGUAGACAGCAACCAAGGACACUCAAAAGAUGGCGAGGCUUCGUUUUCUGCUGCUUCAGGCAAUGAAAGGAAAACGUGCUUGAGGCCACAGGGCCCUGGGGCUCGGGCAGGAGGCGGCCGUGUGGGUGGACCUGAGGGCAUGGUCAGGUCAGGAGGCGCCCACCUCCGGGCGUGGGUGCGGGUGGGUGCGGCGACGGAUGCCCAGAAGGAGCAGGGAUCUGGGGGAGACCAAAGGCGGGCCGCCGGGCCGGGGUGGGGCGCCCGGGCGGCCUGUGCCUUCCAGGUUCCCGGGAAGGAUUCCUUCUGAAGAAGUCAGAGGAGGAGCCUGAGGUCUUCGACCAGAACUACUCAGCGGCAGCUUCCUUCGAAGACCUGGGGAAGCCCACGAUCGACCGCGACGGCGCUGUUCAACCACCAGGCGGACCGCUACCCCCGCCGCGGCGCGGGCCCUGCUGGACAACAGCCUCCUCAAGCUGCUGGCCGGGGCCGGGGCUUCCGAGACGGGCCCCACACGGACACACCGGCGAACACCCUGUAUGAGGGCCCUAAAGGACAUGUCCUCGUCCUCACCUUGCUCUUUGGAAUGGCUUUCCUGUCCAGCUCUGUUUCCAUCUUGACGGUCAAAGAGAGGCGCCUCCAGCAGGUGGUGUUUUUGUGCUACACGGAAGAGGCAUUUAUACAGCAGGAAAGCGUCCUGGCUGUUACCUUGAUGCUAAUGCUUUGUGCCUGGGCUCCCAUCCCCUCCAUCUGCCUGAGCAGCUUCUGCUUCGACUACCCGGGGAGCGCCUGUGCUGAGCUCAUCGUCACGCUCACUGUCUCGAGCACUGGCUCCCUUGUUCUCGUCACCGUCACAAGUGAAAAAGAUCUAGGCUACACGGUCGUCUCAGAGUCCUUGGACCACACGUUCCUACGGCUUCCAGGCCACUGCCUGGGCAUGGCUUUCUCCAACUUAUGUUAUAACUUUGAACUACGCAAGUUUUGCAGUGCCAAGAGCCUGAACCAGACUGAGUGCACUCAAGUUUGUGCGGCAGCGGAUCGGCUACUGUCCCUAGUUUGAUGCGCUGCUGGACCACCUGACCAGGAGACUCUGGUCAUGCACGCCUGGCUGCGGGGCAUCCCCGAGCGCCACAUUGGUGCCUGCGUGGACCAAAUUCUUGGUGACUUGCUCUUGUACACGUACGCCAACAAGCGGGUGAGGACCUGCAGGUGAGACUGGGGGCCCCCUCAGCCCUUCUCCCUCCAGUCAUAAGAUGUGCCCUGCUCUUCUCAGUGCCACGGUUUAGGGCUGGUAUAGGGCAAGGCCCAUCAGCUCCGGGCCUGCGGUAGUCAUGUGGUCUGUGCCACUACAUGGAUUUCAGGGGAUGUGCCUCUCUCCUCCCCUGAAGGAAAGAUUGGGUCAGUGGCCGGGGCUGCCCCAAGGCACCGCUUCCCCUUGGCCCUGGGCAGGGCCCUGGGCAGUUAUGUGGCUGAGGACGGGCAGAUGCACCUCACACGUAAUUCUCCCUGCUGCUUCCCAGGUGGUCUCUGCUUGUUGGUAGACUUGCAUUUCAAGCACACAUGACCUUAUCCUGCUGUCUGAGACAUCUGAGCUCUUGAAGAGCCUGGGGGAUUCCUCAGUCUUAGGUUGCCAGUGAUCCUAACCCAACUCCAGUGAGCUUAAACAAAAAAGGUCACACAUCCCAGAGCUCCCCUCGAGUUGUGGACAGCGCCCCCUGGAGGUGGGAAGCAGCACCCCACUCCUGGGACUGGGAAGUCAGAGGUGCCCAAGGGUCGGAUGAUGUCACCUUGUCUCUUCCCUCUCUCUUGGCUUCAGUUUCAUGCAUGUUUUCGAGUUUCCGUGCAUCUUUUGAUGGUUAAAUGAGUGAACAUUUCGAAGCUUAGGAAUUUCCAUCAUGGCUCAGUGAAAACGAAUCUGACUAGCAUCCAUGAG